CCGCCCAACAGACCGUCCUCUCGGGCCUGCAUCAGGCAAGCCUGCUCGCCGUUGCUAGGCAUCGUGAACUGUGUUUUGAGGCCGAGCUGGUGCGGGACGACGAGUCGGAGACGGUUUCGCCUCGCGACCACUUGCACGACGACGCAGUGGCCCGUUGGCAGGGCCUGUUGCGACGUCUUGAGGCGGCUCGUCGCGCCCUACAGCGCAGACAGGCCGCCUGGGCAUACGUCGAGGCCGGCGAGGCCGAGGUGAUUGGCUGGUUGGACUCGUUCGAGUCGCGGCUCGAGCGCGCCAUCGCCGAGCUCGCCGUCUCCACGAGCACGGCGGUCGCGGUGGCCGCUAUCACUCGGUGCGACGUCGAGCUCUCCGAGCCGGUGAAGCGUCGACUCGUCGGGCUGCUGGUGGAGACGGGACCUGACGACGCGAAAGCGCCCGAGUCGCCGGACGGUCUUCUCGACGCCUACCGGACCGAGGUGGGGUACCACGUGGAGCUGGUGGACGGGCUGCGCGAGCGAAUCCGGCUCGACUUGGCGGACCGGGACUGCUGCCUCGGCCUGACGGCGGGACUCGAGGCUCGGCUGGCGGCAUUGUCCCGCGCCGCCGGCCGCCUCGAGGCCGGCUGGCACGAGGAUACUGCCCGUGGGCAUCGGUUGCGUCGCCGGCUGGACGAGUUACGUCGGGCCUUGGAGACGGCGACGGAUGAGCUGCAUCUGCUGGUCACCCGCGAGGCCUCGGAGUCGAGCCCCGACGAGGCCGAGGGACAGGACGGCGUCGUGUCUGCGGCCGUGCUGACCUGUCGGCAGGUCGAGCGGCUGCUCGGCGUCCAGCAACGCGCGUUGCGACUGCGGCGACAGAUCGGCCAACUCGCCAGACACGCCUACGUCACGUGCAGACGGCCAGGCUGGCGCCCGGGGGGGGGAAGAGGCGACGAGACGAGUCUCGUGGACACGCUCGAGCCCGCCUCCGAGUCCGGCGAGCCGAUGGUACACCACGAGGCAGAGGCGCUGGCGCGUCGCCUGGUCGCGCUGACGACUCGGGCUCGACAGGCCGGACUGGCGCGACACCAGCGCGUUGAACGUCUGUAUCAGACCGGUCUGAGGCAAUGGCAGGCCUGGCUGCAGACGACGGAGGAGCGACUGGAUCAUCUCGUCGGGCUCGAGCUCAGGGCACGUCAAGACGACAGACUCGAGGGCAAGACUGCUAUUUCGCCAGAGGAAUGUCUACUGCCUACCAUCUCCUCCAUGAGUGUGGCGCUCUGUCUUAUUGACUCACGCACAGCCGCCAGUCAGGCAAGUUGUUCCAACCUAUAG